CACCGAAAUAUAUAUGUCGAGCAGAUCCGGUGCUUUGGUGCCUAAUGCUAAGUAGAGAUAGUAGUCUUAUUCCACGUCAGAUGACUUGUUAUGCUAGAUACUCGGCUUGACACGACACGAUGCAACUCAUGUGAGGCUGAAUAUUCAUCUAGGCGGACUGCAUUGUAGUCAUAAACCGGUAUCGACUGAUGUUUUUACCUGAAGUGGUAUAUGUUGGUUGUUCACGAGCCGUGGAGUGGUACACACCUUCGUCAGCAUGGUAGAUAUAAUUGGACAACCCCCAAUCACUCUUGUACGCUAAUAGAGAAGUGGGAUUCUUUAAGUAACUUAUUACUGCAGCAACCCAAUUUUGAGGCUUGCGUCGAUGCUUGUCUCUAUCUUCACCGCUUCAUUGCGCCUUGCUCUUCAAAUGCACGGCACCAAGGCUCUUCCCCUAAUAUCUGAUUUCACCACACCCAACUCCAGACACUGGCCUUUUUUUCGACCUUCUCGGGGGCUAAAUUGGGCAUUUAAGCAUCCUGUGAGGGUGUUCUCAUUUGAAUACUCUUGUCGGCGCUCAUGUCGACAACCGAUGGGAUGAUGUGUCUUGGAGUCUCUAGCGUUAACGUCGCGUCUUUGGCGCACUAUUUAUACAGGAGAUAGAUACCAUACGGUUGGAUAUGGAGCAUCUGGAUCAUUUUGCUAGGAUACAAGCUGGCCUCAGUCCUUACUCCGACUUUUACACAGAUGAAGACGUUAUAAAUAACUCACCUAUGGGUUGGCCGAGUAUGACGGCAAGGCAGGCAUACUUUCCAAACUUCAGCUCUCAGCGGGCGUUCGGAGCUUCAACACAACAAGUCCUUACCUACUAUCAGCAAAAGAUUCACUGUAUCGAUAAUAAGCUAGACGAGAUGAACUUUGAGGAUAGCGAGGCCGAAGGCAAGCCGCUCAGGUCACUUCCUUUCAAUCCGGAGGAGUUCAUAGCUCGAUGUGCCCAAGGGGUUGGACACCUGCCGAUACGACCUCCCGAUCCGGGCUCAGCAGGCAAACUUGAUCGUGCGGCACAGAGGGAAAAUCUAAUGGAUGCCAGGGCGAGAUAUGUUCAAAAAUACCACACACUCGUUCACAUGCAACAUGAGAACAAGAAGUUCCCCCGAGUGUCUAGGCGUGCGCACGAGGAACACUUCGAAGAUGUGCGAAGACACCAGGGGCUUGACAACGAAGCGCUGGCCUACAUGCGAUAUAUCGACGACUUCAUCUCCAACGCGCCAGAUCAUAUCUUCCAACAGUUCGAGUCUCUUCUGUGUGCUAGAUCAUCUUGGGCAAGAAACCUCUUAAAGUACGUCUGUUGCCUCUUCCGUAGCGAUACCCUACCAUCCUCCGAAAACGACGACCAGCGCAUAACCUAUAGCCUGCGGCCCUUCCGUCUACUCAUCAAGACGCUGCUCGUGAUCAGCAGCCAGUUGCUUCUGAUCAUCCCCGUUGCGCUGCUAUAUCUCCAAGCGAAUUGGUCUCGCGGCGCCUAUCUCGGCAUCGUCGUCGCUUGCUCCGCCAUCUUUGCCAUCGCCAUGGUUACCUUUCAGGCUCGCAACGACCACCUGCUCGUAGGUGUCCCUGCUUAUUACGCCGUGCUCGUCGCCUUCCUCGCGAACGUGCCUAACCGCGCCGCGGUCUAGAUAUAUAACAAUGUGGGUGGAGAAAGAAAGUUAGUGGUAUGCUACGUUUGAGUUUUAAGGGUACAUCAAUCUCUCGUAUUAGCGAGGCGAAGGAGAAGUCAUGGUGAACUUGAGGUGCUAGAUUGUGAUAUUUUUGAUUUGAUAGAAGUCUUGACUUUUUCACAACUUUAGUUUUCCUUACCUAUUAGAUAAUAAAUGCUGUGACCCCAAUACAUGGUACGUAUGGCUUAGAACCGUCUACAUUCGACCAUAUCUCGUACGAUUUUCCGUGAUAACACACAAGUGCUUCCGUCCGUAUGCAGUCCUCUAGUCGCUUUCGUUCCGAGAUAGAGUCGAGUGCAGCUU